CGCCAGCCCAGUGGUGACGACGGACAUAAUACUACUCACACCAAACUCGACUUGGCUACAGAUAUCGCCUGGAUAUAACAAAUUUCUGCACGGAGCUUCAACGUCCAGGAAUUCUGAACGUACCCCACUACAGCGUGCAAAGUGUACCUUGUCGACGCGCCACGUUUGGAGAUGCCAGCCGAGUUCCCGGUCAACCCAACCAUGUCUGAUCAAACAACACAAGCAGCGCCUGUUCCUGCUGCACCAUCUUCACAGCCUCAGGAUGCGCCGGCUGCCACAACAAACGGAGAUGCCAAGACCACAAAGCCAGCCGAGGAAGCACCAAAAAAGCUUUCACCAGCAGACUUGAAGAAGCAAAAGCAAGCCGAGAAACAAGCGCGGAGAGCGCAGCAAAAAGGUCCAGGGGGACCGCCAAAUGAGCCAGGAGCGCCCAAGGAUGGUCAGAAACAAUCGAAGGAGCCCAAACAGGGCGCAAAGAACGAGCAAGCUAGGCCUAUGCCUAUUAGGAGACGGCCUUCUCAGUCCCAUGUCCCAAUCCAAAAGGAACCCGAGAAGAAGAGCAAGAAGGAGUCGAGGCAGGCUGGUGUUGGGUUGUUCUUUGGGCAUCUGUACAGUCAACCGAAGCAACAGUCGAUGAACGGAGCAGGGAAGGAUGUUCAUCCGGCAGUCCUGUCUCUGGGAUUGCAGUAUAGCAGCUACGUGAUCUGCGGUAGUACUGCCCGCAUGGUGGCGAUGCUUCUGUCUUUCAAAGCUGUGAUCGAGUCAUAUCAAACACCCCCGGGCACCAGUCUGGCACGGCAUCUUACGAACCACCACCUGAGUCCUCAGAUCGAGUAUCUCAGAAGCUGCAGACCGCUUAGCAUCAGUAUGGGGAAUGCUAUUCGAUGGCUGAAGGAUAUCAUCAUCAAGAUCGAUCCUUCGACCCCUGAGGCAGAAGCAAAGCGUGAUUUGUUGGAGGAGAUUGACAUCUUCAUUCGUGAGCGCGUCACAGCAGCUGAUAGACUCAUCCGCGACCUUGCCGCAACAAAGAUCGAACCUGGGGAUGUCAUCCUCACGUACGCUUCCAGCUCUAUCGUAGAGCAGGCCAUUCUGCGUGCUCACGAGGCUGGCACACCAUUCUCCGUCAUCGUCGUCGAUUCAAAGCCACUCUUUGAGGGCAAGCAAUUGGCCCGGAAGCUGGCGAACGCUGGCGUCAAAGUACGCUACUAUCUCAUCACUGGAGCGUCACAUGCCAUCAAGGACGCAACGAAGGUGUUCUUGGGCGCACACGCCAUGAUGUCUAAUGGUCGCCUGUACUCCCGCGUCGGCACAGCCAGCGUAUCGAUGCUCGCGAGCGCACAUUCGCUUCCUGUUAUCGUUCUUUGUCAGUCUGUUAAGUUCACGGAAAAGGUCGCACUUGACUCAAUCGUCGGCAACGAAGUCGCGCCGGCCGAGGAGCUACUGUCCGAAGCCGAGCGCCGCGACUUGCUGCCCCUCAAGUCCAUGUUGCCCAGCAGCAGGAACGCCAGCAAGAACGACGACAAAGCUGCCGCCGGCGAAGAAGAGAAGCCAGACACAUCUGACGUGCUGAAGUGGAUUGCUGAGGCGAAGAAUCUGCAUCAUCUUCAGGUUCUGUACGACGUUACGCCAGCCAAAUACAUUGACAUGGUCAUUACCGAGUACGGCGGUUUGCCACCUAGCUCGGUUCCUGUUGUUCACCGAUUGAGUAUGAAUGUCUAAACCCAGUUGUUGGAUUUCUUUGCUUUACUCGUUCAUCUGAAAGCUGUUGCUAAUAGUUUUGUCAAGGGAACGAGGACUAGCUUGGUCACUUCGAGCAAGCAUGCUUUCUGGCUGGCCCAUUUCUAUACGAGAUCUCAUAGGUACAGUGGAACUCGAUGUCUGCGCAUCUGGGGUGUAUCUCUACUGCAGCGACGGGACAAGGAGCAAGAGAGGAUGGAACAUCGACAGCGAGAUAUCAGCGCAAGUCCCCCGUGACAACGUCGGGCCGCCUAAACCACUGUGCUCUUCCUUUUGACCACCAACUUUUCGUCUUCUCAAAUCACUGCACUCCGCUGAGAGCGUGUGGGUGUAUUACGGCCAGGCUGUCUUGGCUGCCUGGAUGGGAUCCUGCCCAGUUAUGUAAUUCGCGCUUGCUCCACUCGUUAUAUGCAAGUUAGUCGCUCCUAGAACUCCU